AUGAUGGCGAGAAUACUGGAGUCGGAUCGGAUCGAUCGGAUGGCCGUUUACACACUCGUCGCCAUCACCUUCAUCAACUCGAUCAUUUUCCCGGUGCACAGAAAGUUCAUGUUAGUUUCUCCCUCCUCUUCUCCUCUUUUCAAGUGUUCUCUUCAGGAUUCCUCUGGAUCUCUACGCUCAUUUUCCCGAAGUCAUUCGCCCGGUCCUAGAUCAGAUGCCAACGUCGCGCAGCUUGAGCAAAUUGACACGUGGCAUCGAAAACUCGCCGGCAACGACUACUCUUCCGAACUCUGGACAACUCUUUUGUUUUGUGGAAACUUCCGAGAAGCACUACGCCGAUCGCGUGCCUUCGGUGGCCGCCACGUGGCUUUCCCGGUGUGACAACGGCCGUUUUUUCACGAAAACGCCGCUUCCGUACCCGGAAAUGCCGUUCUCGACGGUGUUCCGAAACUUGGAGGACUCUUACUCUGAUCUGUUUCGAAAGACACUUUUGGGAUUUUAUUACUCCUACACUUAUAUUUCCAGAGAGUUCGAUUGGUACUUGAAGGUUUGAGCAGAUUUGAAAUGAAGAGAAAAGUAAACGUUGGCAUUCAGGCGGAUGACGAUACCUAUUUCGUUAUUGAUCAUUUGAAAGAGUAUCUCGACCAGCUCGAUCCUUCAGAACCAUUGUACCUAGGGUACCGGAUGAAGCCUUUUCUGGUAUUGUUUGAUUUUUUCAUACUUAGACCGUCAGUUCAAAACUUCAGAAGGAUGGCUACAAUUCGGGAGGAUCCGGAUACAUUCUGUCGAAUGCGGCCGUCCGACUGUUCGUCCAACAUCUCUAUCACGAUGAAGAAGCAUGUCCGUACGAUUGGGCCGAGGACCGGGGGAUGGGCAGAUGUCUCGCGUCAAUGGGUAUAAUUCCGGAGGACACGAGGGACGAGCACGGAAUGAACAGAUUCAAUACGUUCCAUCCAAGAGAGAUCCUCGACGUACACCCCGGAUAUCAUUAUUAUCCGCUCAAAGUUGGUUUCAUCGAACCGUCCCUCUAGAUCUUCUUCAUCUAUUCAGAACGGAACCUCGAUCUCGGAAAAGUUUGUGUCUCUUCAUCGGAUAUCUCCUCGAAAGAUAAUGUUUUUGGACAGUAUUUUGUAUCCGAAAUCCGAGAAGCGCAUCUUCACUACAGACUUCUUGCAUCUUCUUUGA